AUGGCUACAAUACACGAUGACGAUGAGAGACUCCUGGCUCAGAUAGGCUAUAGACAGGAACUGCGACGAGAGUUUACGAGAUGGUCGACAAUCUCAUACGCCAUCUCGAUUCUUGGUGUCCUCGGUUCUCAACCUGCCACCUAUGGAGUGCCAAUCAGCGUUGGAGGUCCAGCAACUUCGGUAUGGGCAUGGUUCAUCGGCUCGAUCAUGGCAUAUGUCAUCGCCACUUCAGUCUCCGAGCUUGUCUCUGCCUACCCAACAGCUGGUGGCAUGUAUUUCGUCACGAAGAAGGUCGUUCGGGAAGACCACGUGCCAAUCUGGGCGUGGUGCAUUGGAUGGUGCAACUUCUUGGGCCAAGCAUGUGGAGUUGCCUCGAUCGCCUACACAAUUGGGCAGAUGGUGCUUGCUGGAGUAAGCAUGAACUCGGGAAUGCUGGGUGAUGGCAGCUACACAUACUCUCCGUAUCCUUGGACUACAGUCGUAGUCGCCAUCGUCUGCCUCUUCAUCUUCGCCAUCAUCUGCUCCCUAACCACCAAGAAGCUACACCAGAUCAUCCUCUGGUUUGCGCCCAUCAACCUCUUGGCCACCAUCAUCAUCGGCAUCGUUCUGCUGGUGUAUACCGCACGAACCGAAUCCGGCCUGCGCAGCGCGCACUUCGUUUUCUGCGAUUUUCGCGACCUAUCUGGCUGGGGCAACAAAGCCUUUUCCUUUCUCUUGGGUUUCCUGAACGUGGCAUGGGUCAUGACAGAUUACGACGCAACCACUCACAUGUCCGAAGAAACACACGACGCCGGAAUCCAAGGUCCUCGCGCCAUCAGAUUCGCCAUCAUCACGGCUGGACUCCAAGGCUGGUUCCUCAACAUCGUCUUCACCUUCUGUCUAACCGAAACCUACAUGGACGACAUCGUAAAAUCCCCAACCGGCUUACCCGUAGCCCAGAUAUUCCUCAACGCAGUCGGCAACCGCGGUGGAAGCGCUAUGCUCGCUAUGGUCCUACUCGUUCAAUUCUUCACCGGAGCCUCAGCCAUGCUCGCGAACGCACGCAUGGCCUAUGCCUUUGCCCGCGACGAAGCCCUCCCCUUCUCCGACCACUUCAGCGAAAUCUGGGAAUGGAGCGGCACACCCGUAAAAGCCGUCUGGCUCGUCGCAUUCUUCUGCAUGGCCCUCAACCUCAUCGGCAUCGGCUCAACCCAAACCAUCACAGCAAUCUUCAACCUCUGCGCCCCAUGUCUGGAUCUAAGUUACAUCGCGGUAAUCUUCGCUCGAAGGGUCUACGCCAUGGAAAUCGAAAGCGGAAAAUACACUCUCGGCUGGAAAAGCUUGCCUCUCAAUAUCCUCGCAAUCUGUUGGGUCGCUUUCAUCAGCGUGGUGCUGUUCUUCCCACCCGCAUAUCCCGUCACACCACUUAAUAUGAACUAUGCGAUUGUUGUCGCGGCUUUUGUGGCCAUCUUCGCUCUCUCAUGGUGGUGGCUUGGUGCGAGGAAUCGAUAUUCUGGACCGCGGACUGUGGAUAUUAUGGAGAGGGUACCGGUUGUUAACCCCGAUGAUCCGCCGCUGUAUCAACGUUCUUCGUCGUAUGGGUCGAUUACUCCGGAGCUUGAGACGGAGCCGGGUUUGCGUCCGAAGGGUUUGAGGGAUCAGGAGGGGAUUUCGUCAGCCGACUAGACGUUCGAGAUCUCCAUUGUGAGUGUGGGGGCGGCUUUCUGGAAAUUUUACAAUCGCGUCUCGAUGUCGAGCUUAGUGUGGACGACAGCGAACUCCCGAGCUCGAAUGCUCCAAGCACCACUAUGCUUACCCGCUAGCCAGCAACUUGCGCUGAGAUCCUAUCAGCCCGCCUCAUGCAAACGUUGCUAAGGUAUCGGUUGUUAUCGAAGAUAGAGCUGGCCGUGAUUAGCAGCAUUUGCUUCUUCCAUAGAUACCCACAACGAGCGUUCAAGUUACCU